UUUCUAAAAUUAGAUUUCUUCAGGGCUGUUUAGAGACCACUGGUAGAGGAAAUAUCCAGAACUUUUAAUUCAUAAUGGCAAUGAAAAGGAUCCAGAAGGAAUUAUUAGACUUGGGCAGAGAUCCACCAUGUAAUUGCUCAGCUGGACCAGUCGGAGAUGACAUUUUCCAGUGGCAAGCAACAAUUCUAGGUCCUGCAGACAGUCCUUAUCAAGGUGGUGUGUUUUUUCUCACUAUAACUUUUCCUUCAGAUUAUCCUUUCAAACCCCCUAAAGUAGCUUUCUCCACCAAAAUUUAUCACCCAAAUAUCAACAGUAAUGGCAGCAUUUGUUUAGAUAUUCUAAGAAGUCAAUGGUCACCUGCCCUCACAAUAUCAAAAGUGUUGUUGUCAAUCUGCUCACUACUGACAGAUCCGAAUCCCGAUGACCCGUUGGUCCCAGAAAUUGCCAGAAUGUUUAAAACAAAUCGCACAGAGUACAACAGACUAGCCAAAGAAUGGACUGCAAAAUAUGCAGAGUGAUGUCAGAGUGCAGCAUUGUUUGUUGAUGCUGCUUCAGGAAAACACACCAUCUAGCAUACAGCAGGACACCAUCUUUUUAUUUUGCUUUCCUUCCAAUAUUAUUGAUUGUACAUAAAGUAUAAUUUGAGACAGAAAGAUAUUUUUCUAAAAGCUAGAGUUCUCCUACUUACACCAUAUUAUAUAUCUUUCUAUGUAACGUUAGGGUUUUUAAAAAAAAUUAUCACUUUUAAAGGAUUGCAGCAGUUUGUUUUUAAAGUUUUUAUUUUUAGUUCUGUUCACUUACUUUCGGUGUUGGGGUGGUGCCUAACACUUGUGUUACUGUUAACUAGUACUGAAAUUGUUUCAUUUAGCAUCCCAUAAAUUUCUACUUGCUGUGUGAAUACAAUGAAAGCUUGACAAUGGGACACAAGUCUAUUCGUAUGUACAUUUGAUUUGUGAUUCAUUUCAUGGUCCUAUUUAGCUUAUUUUUUUUAUGAAGGUUUGUUUCCUAUUUAUUGCUCUUAUUAAAAUGGACAUUGAUACAAAACUUGGCACUUGGACACUGUUUAUUUGAAAUCCCAUUCAACCACCCAUUGACUAUAUUUUUGUUAUGGCAUACAACAAACAUUCUUGAUUUCCUGAUGAUCAACAGCACACAAAGAAUUUGAUCAGGUUUUAAAGAUGAUGUGUUGGCUUUGGGCUGAUGUUGAUUUUCUCGACAGGUCUGCAGCUAUACAUUAAAUCCUACGCUAUGCAUGAACAGAUGUCGUUUAUUAUCUCUCCCCCAUGAGAAAUGUCACCUGCUUUUUCAUCCUCGCAUCUGAGAUUUUUUGGCUCUAUAUUUAUAUAGAAUUAGAUAGUUAAAUUGGUGUGAGAGUUGAGUGAUGUGAAAUUUUUUUUUCAAAGUAUAGUUCUGUUAAAUUAAAAGUUAAAUUUAAUACAAACAUCUAACCUCUAGUCUGUACUAAGCUGGGCUGUUUUUAUGUGUAGUUCACCACAUGAACCUUUCAUUAAUUCCUGUACUAAAUAUGUUUAAAUUGUCUGCAGUCACUGGAAAUACUGCAUAAAAAUCAUACUUAUGGCAAGGAUAAAUUUAUUGUGGAGAAUAAAAUACAUGUAUAUAAUAAUA